ACACACACACCUUUGUCGUGUAUUCAGUAGCCGUCUCCUUUCCGAAGGGAAUAGGUCACACACGCACCGCCACAAUGCCUGUGUUUCAUACCAAGACGAUAGAAAGUAUUCUGGAGCCGGUGGCUCAACAGAUUUCUCAUCUGGUGAUUAUGCACGAAGAGGGCGAAGUGGACGGGAAGGCAAUCCCCGACCUGACCGGCCCCGUGGCCGCCGUCCAAGCCGCCGUCAGUAACCUGGUCCGGGUUGGAAAAGAAACUGUCCAGACGACUGAAGACCAGGUCAUGAAAAGAGAUAUGCCACCAGCUUUCAUCAAGGUUGAGAAUGCUUGUGCAAAACUUAUCCAAGCUGCACAGAUGCUGAAAGAUAAUCCAUAUGCUGUACCUGCACGUGAUUACCUCAUUGAUGGAUCAAGAGGUAUUCUCUCUGGAACUUCAGAUUUGCUUUUGACAUUUGAUGAAGCAGAGGUACGCAAAAUUAUCCGUGUUUGCAAAGGGAUCUUGGAGUAUCUCACAGUCGCCGAGGUGGUAGAAACUAUGGAAGAUUUGGUGACUUACACCAAAAAUCUGGGUCCAGGGAUGACUAAAAUGGCAAAGAUGAUUGAUGAGAGACAGCAGGAACUGACUCACCAGGAGCACAGGGUUAUGUUGGUAAACUCCAUGAACACAGUUAAAGAGCUUCUUCCUGUGCUCAUUUCAGCUAUUAAAAUUUUUGUGACCACAAAACAAUUCAAAGGUAAAGGAGUGGAAGAAGCUCUAAAAAACCGCAACUUCACCGUGGAAAAGAUGAGUACUGAGAUCAAUGAGAUUAUUCGUGUGUUGCAGCUCACAUCCUGGGAUGAAGAUGCAUGGGCCAGUAAGAAGGAUACAGAAACAAUGAGAAGAGCCCUAGCUAUGAUUGACUCCAAGAUAAACCAGGCCAAGAACUGGUUGAGGGAUCCGAAUGCCCUUCCUGGUGAUGCUGGGGAGCAAGCCAUCAAACAGAUACUGGAUGAAGCUGGCAAAGUUGGAGAGCUUUGUGCAGGCAAAGAACGUAGGGAAAUACUUGGAACUGCUAAAACUUUGGGCCAAAUGACUGAUCAAGUGUCUGACCUCCGAGCCAGAGGUCAAGGUGCAACACCUGUUGCCAUGCAGAAAGCACAGCAAGUCUCCCAUGGUCUGGACAUGUUGACAGCAAAGGUGGAAAAGGCAGCUCGAAAGCUGGAAGCUAUGACCAAUUCAAAGCAAGCCAUUGCUAAGAAAAUUGAUGCUGCUCAGAGCUGGUUGGCAGACCCUCAUUCAGGCCCUGAGGGAGAAGAACAGAUUCGUGGCAUUUUAACUGAAGCUAGGAAAAUUGCAGAUCUCUGUGAGGACCCCAAAGAACGGGAUGACAUUCUACGCUCUAUUAAUGAAAUAGGAGCUCUCACAGCCAAGCUGUCUGAUUUGAGAAGACAGGGUAAAGGUGAUACUCCAGAAGCCCGUGCUUUGGCGAAGCAAAUUGCUACCACAUUGCAGAAUUUACAGUUCAAGACAAAUCGAGGCGUGGCAAAUAGUAGACCAGUAAAGGCAGCAGUAAAUCUUGAGGGCAAAAUUGAGCAAGCACAUCGCUGGAUUGAUAAUCCUACUGUAGAUGACCGUGGUGUGGGUCAAGCAGCCAUCCGAGGGCUUGUGGCAGAAGGUCGUCGGCUGGCGAAUGCUAUGAUGGGACCUUACCGCCAGGAAUUGAGUGGAAAGUGUGACCGAGUGGAACAGCUCGCUGGACAACUUGCAGAGCUGGCGGUUCGGGGUGAAGGAGACGGCCCUCAGGCCAGAGCAGUUGCUGCACAACUACAGGAUGCAUUGAAGGAUCUGAAAGGCAAAAUGCAAGAGGUUAUGACCCAGGAAGUAUCAGAUGUUUUCAGUGACACUACAACUCCCAUCAAAUUGCUUGCAGUAGCAGCUACUGCUCCUCCAGAUGCACCCAAUAGGGAAGAGGUGUUUGUGGAAAGGGCAGCUCAUUUUGAGAACCAUGCUGCUAAACUUGGAGCUACAGCAGAGAAAGCGGCUGCUGUUGGAGCUGCCAAUAAAAGUACAGUGGAAUGUAUACAGACAGCUGUGAAGUCAGCUAGAGAGCUAACGCCACAGGUUGUUUCAGCCGCUCGGAUUUUGCUGAGUAAUCCCGGUAACCAAGCUGCUCAUGAACAUUUUGAGACGAUGAAGAACCAAUGGAUUGAUAAUGUUGAAAAAAUGACAGGUUUAGUGGAUGAAGCUAUUGAUACAAGGUCUCUGUUGGACGCCUCUGAGGAAGCCAUUAAGAAAGAUAUUGACAAGUGCAAAGUAGCCAUGGCCAAUGUGCAACCUCAAAUGCUGGUUGCUGGGGCAACUAGCAUUGCACGUCGUGCAAACAGGAUCCUGCUGGUUGCCAAGAAGGAGGUCGAGAACUCUGAAGACCCCAAGUUCCGUGAAUCAGUGAAGGCAGCAUCAGAUGAACUCAGCAAAACAAUCUCACCUAUGGUCAUGGAUGCUAAAGCUGUCGCUGGAAAUAUUUCAGAUCCUGGUCUGCAGAAAGGCUUCCUGGACUCAGGAUACCGAAUAUUAAGUGCUGUGGCAAAGGUUCGAGAAGCUUUCCAGCCUCAGGAGCCAGACUUCCCUCCUCCACCUCCUGAUCUGGAACAACUCAGUGUGAACGAUGAGGCUGCCCCUCCCAAACCACCACUUCCACUGGGUGAGGUUCCUCCACCACGGCCACCACCCCCUGAGGAAAAAGAUGAGGAAUUCCCUGAAGAGAAAGCAGGCGAGAUAGUGAAUCAGCCGAUGAUGGUGGCUGCUAGGCAGUUGCACGAGGAAGCCAGGAAAUGGUCCAGCAAGCCUGAUGUGACAGAUGAGGCUAAUGAAGCUGUUGAUGUAGAUGUGUAUGAUGAUGAUGAUGAUGAUGAUGACGAUGAUGUUGAGUUGACUCUUCCCUCUGACAAUGAAGAUGAGUACGAGCCUGAGCUUCUUUUAAUGCCUACAAAUCAGCCUGUUAACCAGCCAAUUCUGGCCGCUGCUCAGGCCUUGCAUCGAGAAGCAAGAAAGUGGUCCAGUAAGGGUAAUGAUAUCAUUGGUGCUGCUAAGAGGAUGGCCUUGUUGAUGGCAGAAAUGUCACGAUUGGUGCGUGGUGGCAGUGGAACCAAACGUGCCCUUAUCCAUUGUGCUAAGGACAUUGCGAAAGCAUCGGAUGAAGUGACACGACUGGCAAAGGAAGUUGCCAAGCAGUGUACAGAUAAGCGCAUCAGAACAAAUCUUCUGCAGGUGUGUGAACGUAUCCCAACCAUCAGCACACAACUUAAAAUUCUCUCCACUGUCAAAGCCACUAUGCUGGGUCGCACAAACAUUAGUGAUGAGGAGUCUGAACAGGCUACCGAAAUGUUGGUUCACAAUGCCCAGAAUCUGAUGCAGUCAGUCAAAGAAACUGUACGAGAAGCAGAGGCUGCUUCUAUCAAGAUCAGAACAGAUGCAGGAUUCACCCUCCGUUGGGUACGGAAGACUCCAUGGUAUCAGUAAACCAACAAGUUUGCAGGUCCCAUUCAUCUUGGUACAGUAUCAAAGAAUGGCCCAAAAGAACAAAACGCUCUAGAAUUAGAGUGUGGGGUGUGUGACGCAAACCAGAAAAAUAGUACUAUUUUAUUGUUAACAUAAUUGCUCUAAUCUAGAGCAUAUACUAACAAUUUUUUGCUUAUUAAUUAACAAUUAGGAUUGGUAUAUUCAUCUUGUGUGGACAUUUCUAUUGGACUCAGAAAAUUUGCAAAUAUUUUUCACUUCUACAGAAGUCAAAAUCGGGUAUAGAAUUACCAGUUUACCUCUAUGGGUGGCUUGAGAUUGAAUUGUAGUUAUUCAUCCUGUUUGAAAAAUUAUGAUUGGCAUUGGUGGCCUGGGAAAAAGCUUUCACUUUUUUACCUUGUGCUACUCCUUCAACUUGUGCUCACAAAUGAAACAAAAAUUAAUUUAAGUCUUCCUUUAGUACUGGUGAUCAAAGUGUAAGCUUAUGACUGAUGGGCAAUUAUAACUUAAUAUGAAGUAUGAGUUUUAGCUUUCUUAAAAGCAGGUAUAUGAAUGCAAGCUCUGUACACCAUUUUUUGUUACAAAGUUGAUCUUCCUCAAACCCUAAAAUUUUCUUACAUUGCUGAAAGUCAUUACACAGAAAUAAUCUAUGCUUGCGGUGGGUGGACCUGGAUUGGCAUACCAUGUAGUUGGGCAGUGUAGCUACUUGGCUGAUUCCUAACACUGUACAUGUCACCAUAUUUCAAACUCUUUAUUAUUUAAGAUUAUUGCAAAUAUUAUGCCAAAGAUUGUGUAUUUCCUUUUUGGGAGAACAUUUUGGAAUGGUUAUGCUGAGAUAGACAUGCUACCUAUCAUGUAACAUGUUCCUGGGGAAGCAAAACUUGCAUUGAAAUCAUUUUGGUUUAAUAGCUCCUAAACUGCUACAAUUGUGCCACAGUGUGGCCGUGAAGUAUAAACAACAAGGUUCAAUACUGGGAUAUAGUGCAGAGCUAAUUAAACCUUGAGAACCCCUAUUCCAAACUGGAAUCACACGUUUUUGUAUUAUUGUUAUUGGUAGAUAGUUCACUUCUGUUUUUUUAAAUAAGUACAAUAUUCUCUGGGUCACUUAUACUUAGAAUUGACAUAGAUCAGAAAUUGUAGUUUGAUAACUUGAUAUUUUUUUGAAAGAAAAAUGCCAUCUCUGGAACACUGCAUUAAUAACUUAAAAUCUGGACUUCAUAAAGAGUGCAUUCUAAAAAAAUCAAUAUUUAAAACAUUUCAAAUCUGUAAAAUUCAUUUUUAUUAAAUUUGAUUAUUUUUCAAAAUUAAAUUAAACAAAAAUCGAAGUUUAUCCUAAAAUAACAAAAGUUACACUGUAAACUGUAAUAAGUUGUUUAAACAAGCUGUUUCUAAUUGAAGUUAGGUAGCAGAUAUUCAAUUUAAGACAGAGCACAGGAAAUGUCUCAUCAAUACAGUACUUCUGGGUUUCUGUGCAAAGAAAAAGUAAGUGAAGUCAUGGCUAGUGUCAACUUUUUGUUGAGAUCAUUCAAUCAUUUCUUGGACUUUUUCUAAUGGGAAUUGUGAAAUUAAUGCUAUUUAAUAUAAAGAAUAUAUAACAUUGUCACAUACAAAUUUCACUUAAUGUGUUUUAUAACGUAUCAUUUCAUUUUGUGUUCAGACACUUUUCAUCAUAGUUUGAAUGAACCAGUAUUGUAAAAUUGCUUUAAUCUGAACUGAGUAUGAGUGCAUUCAAUGAAGUAUGAUCUAUACUGUUCAUAUAUAAUAGUUCUAAUGGAUAUAAUUUACACAUGUUCUACUUAUUUGGUGUCCUGGCAUAUUAUAAAAUGCGGGAAAUAUUUUCUUAAAUGUUUUUCUUUAAAUGCUCUCAGAAAUCUUGUAGCAUUAGCUGUUCUGUUAAAAUUCACUUCUAUUCAAAAAAAGUAAUUGAUGGAUUUUUUUGAAAAGAAUUUCUAAAAAUUAACUUUCUGAACUGUAGAAUGGCAGAGGUUGAUGCCACUGAUUAUUUGAGUAUUUAUACUCCAGCACCCUUAAAUGUUCUAAACUGGUAAGUUAUGUUCCCAAUAAUGAACAUUUUAAUUUGUGGCCUUACUCAUUUCGAAAGAAUUCAGAUGACAAUAGGGAUUCAAAAUGAGAUUUUUAUACUGUGCUUGCAAUUCAUCAGGAACGGUGAAUAUUUAUCUUAACACAUAUCUGACUUUGAAAAGGAGUCAACUUUAAGCAUGACUGCAGUUGAAAGUGUAAUAGUAUUUUAAUUGUUUCCUUAUGGGGCUUAGUUCUGCAUCAUGUAAGUUCACCAGCUCACUUUUUUUUGUCUGAAAACUGUAGUUAGGCUUAGUUUAAUUAUAUAAUGUUGGCUACACAUAUGCGCAUUCUACCAUCUUUCAAUCGCAUGGAGUCUGUUCAAUUUGAUCCAUUGCAAGUGAUAAAUAAGCUGACAAUGGUUCUCUACUGCUUGCUACCUUCUAUUACUUUCAGCACAUCUGCUGGCUUGUGUCAUCUAACUGCACCUUGGCCGGUUUCACUCGAUUCUAGAAACAAGGGAGUAAUGAAACUACAUGUAACUACUUGAUCUUUGUGCGAAGGGGUAAAUGCAUGACUUUACUACAGCUUGAAUGUAAAUAUAAACUCCUAACUGCUGUUGAAGCAGAAUUGAAGCCCAAUCAUGAAGUCAUUCCUUUUUGUAUUAUUCUUCUCUUGCUAGUUGAGAACACUUCUUUUGAGCAGUUUACUAAUUUGGCCACUUGGACAACGUCUUAAAAAUUAUGUGUAAAAGCUCUAUAGAUUUGCAAAUUAUGACUUAUUCACUACAUGUACAAAGUCAUUCAAUGGUGGAAUUAGUGGAUUAAACGACUGUCCAUUUGGACACUGCUCUUCCAUUACAUAAUUUACUCAUAAUUAGCAGGAGAAAGAUGUACUGAUAACUAGUGGCCGCAAAUAAGUGAUCAGAGGAAAAACAAAUAUUCUGUAACUGGAAUAGAAGCAAAACAAUGUAACCAAAGGAAUUAUCAGUGUUUUGUUUCUCUUAAAGAAACUACCCAAUUUUACAAUGGGAGAAUCAUGAAAUAUCUACUUUGUUCUUUUGGCAGUUACAGAACUCAUUUAUAAUUGAGUUAUUUUGGUCAGUGCGUGCGUGGAAUUUUGUUGUGGUUGACAGGAAACUGAAACCAUCAUUGGGAGUAUUUCAUUGGUUCUACUUCAGUUAAAGUGCAGUUAGUAGUUGCAUUAUCAGUAUCUGCAAUUUUUAAAAUAAAGUAUUUUAUAACUU